CUCUGCUGGAGUCAAGGUGUUAGUACAUUCAUGUUGUAGUAGCUGUGAUUGGAUACUAAAGAUGUAGUUUAUAUCAAGGUUUUACUGUCAGAUCAACACACGAAGAGUAAACAGAACAGGGGCUUCUGACCCUACCUUACCCUUUAUGGAGUACUUGGACCAGAACGAUUUGGUCUGCCUGAAGUGGGGCUUUGACAACCUGCAAGGGGAGAUUACAUUCAAACUGGUGAUCAACACAACAGGAUGGGUGGGCUUUGGAUUUAGCCCCAAUGGAGGCAUGGCUGGAUCAGAUAUUGUGAUGGGGGGGCUUGGACCAAGUGGAAGCUACUUCAAAGAUUAUUAUGCCACAGGAAACUUGAUGCCUUCGGUGGACAAGCAGCAGAGCUACACUCUCCUCUCUGCGAGUGAAAGUGAGGGUCAAACCAUCUUGACCUUUAAGAGGACCAUUCAAUCGUGUGAUGACCAAGACUUCCACAUCACUACUGGAGCCAUUAAAUUGAUCUAUGCGUAUGGAACUAGUGAUGAGAUCAAUUACCAUGCAUCGAGCAGAGGAACCAAAGAAAUUAACCUGCUGAACUACAUGCCCAGGACUACUGUAACAGGCUCCAACUAUCUCAGUGCAAGGGUGGACAACGUCAGUGUCCCCCAUAAUCAUACCUACUACCACUGCAAGGUCAUGAAGUUUUCUUCCUUAAAUACAAAACAUCAUAUAUAUCUGAUUGAACCGUUGAUUGAGCACUUUGACCUCAUUCACCACAUGCUGCUGUACCGCUGCCCCUCCUUUGUGACACAACUGUACGACAGGCCAUGCUACCAGGGUGACAUUGGGGAUGCCUGCUUUGACAUAGUGGCCUCAUGGGCAGUAGGAGGAGGGGUGUUUGCAUUUCCUGAAAAUGUGGGUAUUCCUGUUGGAGGAGAGGAGAAAGAAACAUUAUACAGACUGGAAAUCCACUACAAUAAUCCGAAUGGUGACAAAGGAAGGACAGACAGCUCAGGGUUGAAACUGUACUACACAGACAAACUCCGAGAGCAUGACGCAGGCACUCUGACUGCAGGUUUGCUGCAGUUGGACCAUAUGAAUUACAAAAUCCCCCCAAAAGUCAGCCAAUUCCACAGCUAUGGCGUGUGUAACACCAGUGUCUUCUCUCAGCUUGUGAAUCCUUUUCCUGACAUUCAUGUGUUUGCUGUGCUGCUGCACACCCACCUGGCUGGGAGGAAAGUCAGAGCUGCACAUUACAGGAAUGGAGAGCAGAUAGACUUCUUGGACUAUGAUGAAAACUACAAAUUUGAGUUUCAGCAGGCCACCAGUUUGGGGAAUAUAAAGACCAUCAAGCUGGGCGAUGAGAUUGCAGUGGAGUGCACCUACAGUACAGCCACUCGUACUACAGCCACUAAGAUGGGGUUAGGAACUAAUGAUGAGAUGUGCCUGGCUUUCCUCCUCUACUACCCUGCAAUCAACAUAGCCUCAUGCAUCAGCCAUCCAAACACACAUUACCUACCACUGAGCACAAACAACCAAAUUUUUGAGGGGAAGGCAGCUCCGAGCCAGGAUGAUAUUGCUGAGUAUGAGCGUUUGUUACAGACCUUACCACAACUUCAGUUGGUCUCUGAUGCUGAGCACAACUUCGCAUUUUUUGAAAACGGCAGUGUUAGGAAGAUGAAGAACACACCAACCGUCACUUGUCAGAUAAACAACAACAGUGGGUCAAGCAGAAUCAGCACUUCCUGGAUCUUGAACACAGCAGGAAUCAUAUUCUCACUACUCUUGGUUGUAAUAAUGUAGUGAUGGUUGUAUGUGCAACAGAGCCUUGAUCAUAUUUAGCCUGCAAAUGUAAUGAAGAAUUCUCAAUGUUUUCUAUUUCUGUGAUAUCAUAUCUCUUUGAUAUUUAUUCUUUCAACACAAUUUAGGAGUUGUGUUAUUCAGCAACUGUCAUAUUAUUCAUAAAGUAGGAUGUAAUUGCUGGUUUACUUUAAAGUCUGUUUCACAUAAUUCUUUGUCACA